AGAAUACAAGUCUCAGAAGCAAGGAGUCGAGAGCUGCUGGUCUGGUGGGUGGUGGGACUUCGGCGGAAGAGGACGCGGGAUUCAGUCUGAGUGAGACAGUGAGAGGCCAGUGCAACUCGAGGCUUGGCGGAGGACACACGACCGCUCGCGUCCCGCCCUGCCUGACUGAAACUUUGCUCCAUUAUCUCUCGCUCUUAGUGCCGUGACCUGCUGGGAAACUGAGGCGAAGCAGUGGAGCGAUGCAUGAACCACCACGAUGCGCGCCUCUUGAAUGACACCACUGGAUUAUUUAUGAGGAUUAGUUAUUAGUUAAACUUUUUACUUGGUUUGUUUAGGAAAAAAUAACUUCUAUUUUUUUCUGAGAGUGAGAAGUACAGUAAAAAGUCAUGGUAGUGUGUUGAUGUGAAGAUUUUGCGUGUGUUUGUGUGUGUGUAGGAGUGCGUGCGUGUGUGAGACUGGCUGACUGUUUGGCUGGUUGGCUGACGUCUUCCUGCACCUGCUCUACCGCCUCACGUGAGGUGUGUGGUCGUCGGCGCCUCGCAGCCCCCCGGGGACCCGUGACCCAGACGCUAUCUGCCCCUCGCCGCCCUUACUCCACAGGUGGCAGCUAAUCGGAAAUCGAUCACAGGGCUGAGCAGAGAGAGGCACGAGACAGAGAGAGGUGUAAUAAGAGGCCCAAGGAGGAAGUGAGUCAGUGAGAGUGUCGCCCGGAGGAUGUCAUCAGCGGAGUGGAGGCGGCGGGCGGGAGCUGCACGAGACGCGGGGCUGCACUUUUAAUGUAUGAAGAGAACAACAUCCAUUUCUUUUAUCAGGCGCGUCUGAAGCGUGAGAUAAAGCGUGAGGGCGCGAGACACCUGAGGGAAGUAGUGUUCAGGAGACGUGAAGUAAGCUCUAAGCAUACACACAAGCUGGCUCAAGGAUAGUGAAGUGUGAAGAAGUGAAAAUGUGAGGAAACUAUUACCAUGAACCCAGAUAACGUGCAUGCAAGUCUCACAAAAGAGCCGUAGGAGAUUCCGUGGUUGAGAGAGGCGUCUGUUCCUUGUGCUGUGUGUGAUCACAGCUGUGUGGAGGCCUGACUGGGACACGGCAUACAGUGAAGGCACGGAGAUGGCUGUCACCCACCGACCUGGCGAUACACUGCAUCUUGCCAAGCGCUGGUGAGUCUGCCUCGACCCGCCAGACACACGCCGCGUCUGGGGCGGCGGUAACGUGGGAAGGAGGCUUUUACAUUGACUGAGGAACGUCUGUUGACGCAUCGCUAUGAACCGUUCCGGAAUUCAGUACCUGUCUGGUCAGGCCGGCGAGCAGGUGGCGUCCAAGUACCUUGUGAUGGGGGAAUCGUGGGCCGGCAGUGACUCCCCCGAGGACCUCCUGCUCAAGCCCAACAAUGUGGAGAUCGAGCCCAACCUGCCGUGGAAUGUGUCCUUGGAUGAUGAUGGCGGCGGUAGUGGGACGCAGGAGGCACCCACGUUUGCCGGGCGCCUGGACUACCUCACCCCGCGGCCCCACAAUCUCACCUCGUACGACGCCGCCGCCAAUGACUCCUCGUACAACGUGUACAACGAUAGCAGGUCACUCCCCAUUGAUAUGCGCUUCAACGACGGCCACAUCCUGCUCAUCACGUGUUACUCCUGCCUCUUCUUCAUCAGCCUCAUCGGCAACCUGUGCGUGCUACGAGCCAUCCUUGGGAGUGGAAGAAAACAUCGCAAAUCGAGGGUUAAUUUCAUGCUGCUGCACCUCGCCAUCGCUGACCUCAUCGUGACGACGGUGAUGAUGCCGGUGGAGGUUGGUUGGGCAGCGAUGGUGCAGUGGCUGGCAGGAGACGCCCUCUGCCGCCUCUUCUCCUUCUUCAGGAUCUUCGGCCACUACCUGUCCUCCUUCAUCCUCGUGUGCAUCUCCAUUGACAGGUACUUCGCCGUGGUGCAUCCUUUGAGCAUGAGCGCGGCGGACAAGCGGGGCAAGAUAAUGUUGAUCUUCGCGUGGCUCCUGGCGUUUAGCUGCUCCAUGCCUCAGGUGAUCAUCUUCCACGUAGAGACGCACCCGCAGUUCACCUUCUACGUGCAGUGCGUCACCUUCAACUUCUUCCCUUCCGAGCACCACGAGAUGGUCUACAACAUCUUCUGCCUCGUCAUGCUCUACGUGGCGCCGCUAUCCAUCAUCAUCUUCUUUUACGGGGCCAUCGUCGUCACCAUCUUCCAGAAAUCCAGGCUCUCUUCUGACGACUCCACAAUUCGGCGCUCCAGUCUCGGCUACCUGGGCAGAGCUCGCGCCAGGACCAUCAAGAUGACCGUCAGUAUCGUCCUCGCCUUCUUCAUCUGCUGGACUCCCUACGUCGUCAUCAGUCUGUGGUUCUGCUUCGACCGGUCCGCCGCCGAGCUGCUGGACGAGAAGGUGAAGAAAGGACUGUUCAUCUUUGCCUGCUUUAAUUCCUGCGUCAACCCGAUUGUGUACGGCAUCUUCAACUUUUGCAAGAAGAAGCAGCCCAUGCAGACCCAGACGUGGCGCUCCACCACCCUCAACACUCAGCUCAACUCUCGAAGCUGUGAGUGCCGGAGCUUCAAGUCCAGCCGCGUGUAUUGGAGCCGCCGCGACCCGGGCUCCACUGUCACCAGCUCGGAGGCCGCCACAGCCGAGCUGCUCCUCCCGAGGGCCCUCAACUCUCCCUACAGAACCAGGUCUGCAUCAGGGUCCGACUCAGCUAUAUCCCUCCCAAUGCAGACCCUCCCCACCGCCUCCCCGCUCAGCCGAAGACAGGUUGCUGCUGGCGGAGGCCCAAGCCUAAUCAUGCAGUACAAGAACGGCUCCUACUUCUCCAGCCGCUCACUCAAGGAGGAGAGGAACGGCAACCCGGUGUAGUGAACGGCGAGUCAUAAGAACAUAAGAAAAUAAUGGAAGCUGCAAGAAGCCAUCAGGCCUACACGUGGCAGUCCCUGUGUGAGUCAGUGUAGCGAACGGUAGGUGUGAUGAGUGGCGAGCAUGUGUGGCAAGCGAGUGUGGGAUAAACAUGGAAUAGAUGUGGUGAACAAAAAGGAGGUGCUUGAAGUGAACUGAAGUGCAGUGCAGGUAAUGUAAAGUGCAAUAAACGAUGAUUUUAUGAAGUGAACGGGAAAUAAGACGCACAACACAACUUUGUACAGUGAACGAGAAACGAGUAGUGAACGGCUGAAAAAAAGGUGUAAUAGUUAACAACAGUGACACUCAAACUUUGCUCUGUUACCUUGACUGAAGGGACUGAGAAGACCAAUAAGAUAAUAAGUCUGUAGUUUAGAUGCUCAGAAAAAGAUUCUUGAAAAUAAGUGAUCAGUGACUGUGUUUAUAUGGAGACAGAAGGAAAACUUAUAGAACGCAUAUCAAAGCGUCUCUGCCACUUGUGUGUGUGUGUGUGUGUGUGUGUGUGUGUGUGUGUGUGUGUGUGUGUGAAGCUCCCAACAUGUACUGUGGCUUACUCGUAGCUGGAGAAGAGUCCCGACACGCCGCCUCUCUGCCAGGACAAGACAAGAGCGUGGGUGCAAGCUAAGCUGCUACUCAACACGCGGCGUCCCAGCACGACCGUCAAUGGACAUUCAAGUGACAGCCGCUCCUUGACCUUAAUAGACUCGCGCCAACCAAGAUAUCUCUGUGAUGUAGAAGCGACCACGUUGCUGCCAGUAAUAACAGUAAUAACCAUAAUAAUAAUAUAUAAAACCAGAAAAAAAACUGAUUCCUAAUAUUUGUAUGUGCAGUGAAUGUGUACUUACGUGUGGAGUGUAGUGUACGUAUUUGAGCCUCAAGAAGGGCCGAGUGCUGGGGGAGGCACUCGGCAAGGCUGUGCUGAACAUAUCGAUAGUAACUUCUGCGCCCCGUCAGUCACUAACGGGGCGGAUGCUCACUCAGACGCGGCCCGCCAGGGAGAACAUAAGCAGUGUGCCGUGUGAUCACGUUGUCUUGCCGCUCUGUACUUAUUCCCUGGUGGGGAGACGCGAACUGGCCCACAAUAAUCUCCAUGAAGGAAGACCUGAAAUAAUAGAUAACGGAUGGUAUUCUCAAACGGUGACUCAUCUCAGUUGCUUUUAACAGGCUCUGGUCGAAGAUGUUCGGGUUUUUCAAAGGUGUUUUGUGAAUCUUUGGAAAGUUUGGCAAGGAUUCUUUACCAUCAAUGCAAAAGAAAACCUUGACAAAUUUUAAAAGUUCUGAUUGAAACUGUUCGUGUUUUAAGUGUUUUUUUUUUUUUAAUGAUUACCGGAGAACUAUAACAAGGUUUCUGCAUCAUCUACAGGAAAAACCCCAAUAAGAACCUGACUAAUCAUCACUUUGGCCUUUGACAGUAGCCCUAAUGAGAGCAACAAGUAUUUAAGAAUGCGGAGGAAGGUCAGAGAAAGAAAAAAAAAAAAAACCUGACCUCAAGAAUCCCUGCCACGCUUAACAUUUAACAGUACUCGGCAGGUCAAGAAAAGGUCAGAAAAUCACCUUCUCUGUGUGUUCCGGUGUUUUCACUUCCGUACAGGGCAGUGAGAGGAAUAUCUAAACUAUAACCAACAUUCAUACAUACAUUCCAUUAGUGUUCCAAUGAUUGUUAUAAGUUACGGUAGUAGCAGUAGUGGUAGUAGUAGUAGUAGUAGUAGUAGUAGUAGUAGUAGUAGUAGUAGUAGUAGUAGUAGUAGCAGUAGUUAAGUGACUCCCGUAAGUUGUAGUUUCUUGCUGCUGGAAUGAGGAAGAGUGAUCCUCCUCAGCACAGCAGGAAUCGCUCACAUAUUUUCCUUAGGGUUGUAUUAUUAUCUGAUUUCGCCAGUGUAACAGUGCUUUGUGCUUCGCGGCGCCUUCACGUAUCGGCGCCAGUGGCAAACAGCAGCAGCGCGAUGGCAGGGAGGCAGCCAGCAGCGGUCCUGUCUGGUGUUGACUUAAUAUAUUGCUAUCUUAACCUGAGAACAACAUAGAUCAAAGUCACCAUCGUUUUUUGCAUUAUGUGACGACCAGACCUUGUGUUCUUAGUGGUUGCAAGUUAGAGAGGUGGUGGGGAGGAG